GGCAAGUACAGGACCGGUAGAGCAAAUGAGCGAGAUGCAGCAAUAUACGAACGUCAAAAACCCUCGCCAUCGUUGUACGGGGAAAGUGUUUUGUCCGAAUUCUGCUUGGUCGUAUUUAUAAAGUCACAAGAGUCUCCUUGUUGGAAAGAUCGCUCUGGCGAAGAAGAAACAAUAAAAAAAGAAAAACUAACUCCCCAGGUCCGUUCGUGUUUGCGUGUGUGUGUAUGUGAACUAAUUACGCGUCGUCCCGGCUCGUCCCGCUUGGCCAUCAAACAUUCAUAAACUCAUACAAACUCACACAAGCAAAAACCCUUUUUCCGGCACCAGCUGAUGCAUACCAGGUGCAGUGAGAGUGAGUGAAUGAGGGAAACGGUGGUGAACUAAUCAGUGUUCAAUACCAGCACCGGCAACGCCGUAUUCAUCGCCAUCCUCAUCCACACGCCAAGCGCUUCCUCGUGCAGCGACGCACCCAACUGCUCACAGUCCGGCAACUCGGAACGGUGUGCCGCCGCUGUGUGUGCCUGUGUCUGCCCUUAACCUUCUGCUCCGCGCUCGCGACCGCAGAGGCGACGACUGGACGCCGCCGCCGCCCAUCCACCGUAGUGGAACGGUUUAGAUGCACCGGCGACCACCGUGCUGCUGCGUACGACAACGCCGACGAGCAGCUCCGUGAGCGUGGCGUGCCGCUGGGACAACCACCGUUCGCGCUUUUUAAUGCUUCUCUGACGCUCUUGCCGUCCCGCUCCGUUACUGCUGGCCUGCCGCUGCUGCUGCUGCUGCUGCUACUGUUGCUGACACGAUCCGUGCCACCGGACGGACUGCUCUGACCUCGCCUGAGUGAGUGAGCGGGUGUGGGUGUGUGUGUGCAUGCGCUUCCCUAGCGAGCCGGUUCGGCAGAAGUGCAAGAAGGCAGCCGCCAGCCAAACACCGCAACAGCGGACAGUACGUUUCCCGCCCGCAGCUUAAGCUUCUCUUUAACCCCUACACGCUACUCUUUUUGCGCGCAGUACCAAACGUGGACCUUCGCCGGACAAAAUGGCACCAACGACAACAAUCGAAACCGUCACCAUCACGCGACCACUGAAGGUCAUUGCGUUCAUCUGUGGCGUAAUUGUCAUCAUUCUCAUGAUACUGGCCCUCACCUCCACCGACUGGCUGAUGGCGGAGAGCUGGCGCCAGGGCCUGUUUGUGCACUGCAUCGAGGAGGGGUACGAGCUGCCGCUACCGUUCAACCUGCAGGAUCCGGCCGGCUGCUAUCCGAGCCGCGAUGUCGCCUACAUCAAGGCGACGGCGGCGCUCUGCAUCAUCACGCUCGUUACCGAUGCGCUGGCCACCUUCCUGACCGGGCUGGGGCUGCGCACGCAGGAUCACAACCUCAAGUACAAGUUCUACCGUGUGGCCGUGCUGAUCAUGAUGGUUGCCCUCAUCUCGCUGCUGGUCGCCGUCAUUCUGUACCCGAUUUGCUUCGCUGCCGAGCUGAAUAUUGCCAACCGACUGGUGUGGGAGUUCGGCUGGGCGUACGGUGUCGGCUGGGGUGCGGCCAUCUUCCUGUUCGGUGCGGUCGUCCUGCUGCUGUGCGACAAGGAGUCGGAGGAGAUCUACUACAAGGAAAGGAAAAUUGUACACGACGCAUCGUUAAGAGACUAGGCCAGGGCACACGCUCUGCCCGACGUUGUGCUUUAGACCUAGUCUAGCGAAGAGAGAGAACUCAAGAGAAGACCACGCUCAAAUCACACAAAUCGCCCCCCCCCUCUCCCUUCCUUCACUUCCACUCCCGCUCCUCCCUUUCAUCGAAGCAAAACCGAGGCACCGAAACGACGGACAGCGGGAGAGAAAGUCCCCGUGACACAGCACCCGCGUUGUGCCUGAAAAGCAGCCUGAGCAGCAGCAUUUGCAACUGGACCAACUGGCCAGGGGGAAGCAAAGGAGCAAAGCGCAAAGCCGCCAUCCCCGAAACGCUCCGUACUGAAUCUCUGAAAUGCGCUAGGCAGCUAAAGAAAUUCGGAUGUUCGUUGGUUGCGCUUUGCAAAAGCCACCUGAAACGAAAGGCUUGGGCGGUGGGGAACGGCCGGGACGAGCGUCUAGUAUUUAUUGAAUUGCCACGAAUUGCCAUAAGUAUGCUCGCACCAUCCUCCCCCCCCCCCCCCCACCCCCAUCUACCAUUGAAUCUCAAUUGACGGCGGCCAAGUAGGUGGAACUUGCGUACAAACACUGUACAUACAAAAUCCUUUUGGGUCCAUUGGGGUUUGAGCAUUUGCUAGCGACAGAAAAAAAAACCCACAACAACAGGUAAAACAGAGCAAACCACGGCAACCAUUCCCUUUCGUACUACAGCCAGGAACGCCAUUCUCCCUCACCUCCACUUACCCUCAUCCCAAGCACGCGAGCAGCACGCGACAAUGAAACGAUAUCGAAACAAAAAACACAAAAUGACCGGGAGUGGACGCACGUGCGCGAAAAGGGCACGCAGCGGCGCUCACACACACACACACACUCACACCACACAUCACGCUCUUGUUUUACAUUCUCUUGAAAACGAUCGGGCAGCGUUUUUCUUUUCCAGCGUCUUUCUUCUUCGUCGUGUCUACCUUGUGGUAGCAUCUAGGCAAACAGACUAGACAAAGUAAAGCGAAGAACGGAAGGCAACAACAACAAACAAAAAGAAGACAACACACACACACACACAUAAAGAACACUUAGGGCUUAGCUUAACAGGGGCAACCAUCUCUAGGUGGUUCACAAGCCGUCGGGAUUUGUGUAGCGGGCGGGACAGAAAAAGGCAGCAAAUUCGCUUAGGGCACACCCAGGCCCGGCCAGACGACGAGCUACAGUUGCCUUCCCUUCGCCCUUCCCUUCCCCCCCCCCUCUCUCUGUCAUCCCCUCCUAUUUAACAAACGAUCAACACACACACACUCUCUCACACACACACAUAUACAACAUAAAACAAAUAUGGUAAUUAAAAUCAAAGCGAAUUCUUGUCAUGUAAAUUAGAAUUGAAUACUCAAACGUUUUUAAACGAAUAAUCGAGCCUCUCGUGUAAUAUAUACAAACAUACAUACAUGCAUGCAUACAUACAUACAUACAUACUUAUAUUAACAACAAAUUACUUUUUUUCGUCGUUAUUUGCCCCCCCCCCCCCCCGUUCCCUCCCACAAACAGAAUAAGGCUAAAAUGAAUCUCUAAUCCAUUUUUUUUUUAAUUUUUCGUUUGUAAAAUGACACUCAAACGACAAACCGGGGUCGAGGUAGGAGCUCAGACAUUCGCUACAGCCUAUAGUCCAGCCAGGACUGCGUCCUACCACGGGGUGCUAGGGGGAAAAUAAAGGGAGAAAAAAUAGGCCCUGCUUGCGGGGAAAUAAUUUCCAAAAGCUUUUUUCUCGUACACCCCACCAACGGACCCCGGACCCCGAGGGGAGUAAACAAUCACUAGUAAUCUUCCCCAUCCUCCCUCCCUCCCUUCCUCCCCAUCUCACACCUUCAACCCUUAAUUUUGUUAGACGAUACAGCAGAGCGUGUAGUGGACGAGCUAAGGAAAAGGCAGCGCAAAGUAUUUCGUAUCUUUUUUUUUUAACUAGACAAGUGUCAAUUGUGUAAAUAGCCGCGUACAAUGAAUUCAUUCAUCCAUUAACCAACCACAACCAUGUAUAACCGCCCACGAACACGAAAAGACAAACAAACAGUCACACACACACAUACAUGCAAGGAAUUAAAAAAACAACAGUUGUAAUAAAAUAAUUUAAACAUAUCUAUUGUACACGAAAAGCUGGGGGCUUUGGUUGUUAUUUAUUUUUUUGUUUGUUUUUUAUUUAUUUCGGGGGAGAUUUUUAGUUUUCUGUUUUUGGAAUUGAAUAAAGUUUAGGAACAAAAAGUGGAACAAAAUCAGAAAGUACACGCACAGACAGGAGACCAGGGGGCCAACCAGAAGAAAAAAAAAAACAAAAACCCGUAACGAGGACGAGCUCACACAGACGCUCUGCUUAAUUGCUUUCGAUGGCGCGAUUUGCUAUUGGACCCAUCCGCCCAUCUACCCAAAAAUCCAACUCGGAACAUUUUUGCGUGUCUUUUGUUGUUGUUGUCGUGUUUGUUUACAGGAAAACAGCGCACCGGCUCCCAAGGCUAGCUCGCAUUAGCCAUUUAAACGUUAAAUAUGCAUAGGUCGCGCGGUAGCACUAGACAUAACAUUACGUUGGGACAAACAAGCCCCUCCCGGAAGUAAAUUACACGGUAAAAAACGGCAUUUGCAGCAAAAAAAAAACAAAAAUGCGGUUUGGGACGCGUCCGUUAAUUAAAAAAAAAAGAAAAAGAAAAAGAGAAGCCAGAAAGCGUUUCGAGUAGUAGGGCUAGAGGGGGAGGAUAAUUAUAUGGAUUAGAACUAUGGUUGAAUUGAGCAAAAGGAAUACUAACACUACUAAUUAGAUUGGCCUUAGCAGGAUGAGGGCUACGGAAAGAAGCACAAAAAAACAAUUAUAAAGAUUGAAAAAAAAAAAGAAAUGAAUAAAGAGGAGAAAGUGCAACGGACGCAAAAGGGAAAAUCAUUUUUGCAACAACCAAACUACAAAACUAGAAAGGAAAAUGCAAACAAAAAAAAAACACAUAUCGUAAUGAUUGAAGUUUUGGGAGUGCAAACAACAACAAAAAAAAAGAAAAGAAACAGGAAUUAAUCAUACACACCUAAACCUAAACCGCUGCUGCAGUAAAUGGGCGGACGCGCAAACUUGGCCCCGCCAAUCCGUUUCGCCCCAUCCCAUUCGCGCGGUACAGUUUAGAAACAAUCAACAAAAAAAAAUGGUAAUCGAUUUUUGUCAAUUUUCGGGAUUUUCGGGGAUAUGCGACAGUUUCGCAGGGAGCAGGGGGCUAAUGGAAAUAAAAAAUAAAAAAUUAACUAACAGGAGAAGAAAAAAAGCAGCAACAGCAAAACAAUACUGGGAAUGGAUAUUGCAGUGUUUUCCGGGGGUUCUCAUAGUUGUGGGACCCUUCCUUGACUCUUUUUUGUAAGCAGUGAACCUUCAUAUGAUGGAAUUUGGACUCUAUGGCACCCUUAUUGGACAGCCUCCUUGGAAAUUCCUAUUGGAGUUGUUCCACAAGGGUGCUAUAUACACCAAUUCCCAUUACAUUAGGUUCAUUUCACGGAAGAAGGAGUCAAUAAAUCGACCCACAGCAAGGAGAACUCCUGGAAAACCCUGUAAAGAUAACUUACUGCUGGUAAAGUAAUUGUUGCGGUGGUACCAGAGCUUCUCUUUGUACCCUUCCACCCCUCUUUGCCGCCGGCACUAAAGGCUAAAGCUAAAUGUGUACAUCCUCUUUGUAUGGAUUGUAGGUUUCCAGGCGCGACCGCCUGUCCCCCCUCCCGCUAACCCCGGCGGAAAAGCCCGGCAUCCCAAAUGGGCAAAAGGGGGUUGGCGGUGACGGUAGGGCCCACAGUACUAUUACUACUACUAUUACCACUACUGCUACUACUAUUACGGCUCUCCUUCUCCUCACGUAAUGAUUUAAUUUGAUAAAAAUUAAAAAAAAAAUGGAGAAAGAAAAAAAAACAAACCAAACCAAACGCUAUGUAAACGCGAAAACAAUAAAGAGCGGCACGCAGAGACCGUGCGUUUCAGAAAGGUAA